ACAAAAUAAAAUCUUACCGCAAGUAUUACUACGUCUCCUUCGUGACGAAGAAAAAUAAUGUCAAUCCAAACUGUAUAGAAAUCGAGACGGAAAAGCCGCGUUGUUCGACAGUUCCACCGGUCGUGAAAACACACGCAAUUGAAUUCGAUCAGAUCCGAUCCGAUCCAACUCGGCCUCUCCGCUCAUGGCCGCUCCUCCGUCCUCCUCCUCGUCGGCCGCCAACAUCAUGCUAGCCGUCUACGAGAAGAAACCGACCUCCGUCGACCUCUACCGCCCCCUCCGGAACUACGUCGUCUACAACUACUCCGAGCGGGAGGCCCAGAGCCUCGACGACGACCUACAAACCCUGAAAUCAAUGCGAGCCGACCUCGAGCGCUCCCCCGCCGCCUCCGCCCCCGACUCCCUCUCCUCCCGCCGCGACCUCCUCCAGCGGUACUACCGCGCCCUCUCCGCCGUCGAGUCCCGCUUCCCGAUCUCCCCCGACAAGGACCACGUCAACUCCCUCACCUUCGUGUGGCACGACGCCUUUAAGAACAAGCUCAAGGCCUCGCAGCAGAACGUACACCUCGAGAAGGCCGCCGUGCUGUUCAAUUUAGGCGCGGUGUACAGCCAGAUAGGGCUGACGUUCGACCGGGCGGGUGGCUCGAUCGAGGGGAGGAAGCAGGCUUCGCACGCGUUUAUCGCGGCUGCGGGGGCGUUUGCGUUUUUGAGGGAUAACGAGUCGACCAAGGCGGCGAUGGGGGGUUCCGCGACUGUGGAUUUGUCGGUGGAGUGUGCGGGGAUGCUGGAGAGGCUUAUGCUGGCACAAGCACAGGAGUGUGUUUUUGAAAAUACCAUUGCUAAGGGGAGUACUCCUGGGGUUUGUGCUAAAAUCUCCAGACAGGUUGGGAUCUACUAUGAGGAAGCUUUAGCAGCGCUAAGUGUUGCACCUCUGAAAGAACAUUUUGACAAGAACUGGUUCUCUCAUGUUCAACUGAAGGCAGCCUUGUUUUAUGCUGAGGCUUGCUAUAGGUGUAGUUUGGAGCUGCAUGAGAAAGAGGAAAUUGCUGAGGAAAUUGCUCGGUUGAAGAGUGGGGUUAAUGCCUUGUCUGAGGUAAAGAAAUCAUCGUCAAAAGGUGCUGCACAGCAGCUUUUGGAUGCAAUUAAUAAGUUGGAAGGGAAUCUAAACCGCAACCUUGAAAGGGCUAUGAAGGAGAAUGAUAGAGUUUACCUCAUGAGGGUUCCUCCCGCCAGUUCUUUACCUCCUCUUCCAGCAUUUUCUUUGGUUAAGUCUAUGCCAAUGGCUGAGAUACUGGAUGCAAGCAAGGAGAAAAUGUUUACAAGUCUUGUUCCCGACAGCAGCGCAAAAGCUCUUUCUAGAUACACUGAAAUGGUUGAUGAGAUCAUCCGAACACAAGCUGAAAAAUUGCAACAGGGGAGUGAACUUGCCCGAGUGAGGCUCAAAGAAAUGGACUUGCCUGAUUCUAUUCUUGCUUUAGAAGGGAAUUUCACCCUGCCUACAACUCUCAAAGAAGAUGUGGAGGCGGUUCAAAUUUGCGGUGGUCCAGCUGGGUUGGAAGCCGAGCUACAGCAACUUAGAGAUUUGAGGAGGGUAAAUCAGGAAUUGCUUGUUCAAACUGAGGAGCUCUUGCAGAAAGAAGCAACAGAAGAUGCACAGUUUAGAAGCCAAUUUGGCACGCGGUGGACUAGGCCUCAGUCAAGUACUCUAACAAAGAACUUGCAAGAUAGGUUAAAUAGAUUUGCAGCAAAUCUGAAGCAAGCUGCAGACAGUGAUGCCCGGAUUGAGCGUUCAGUGAGGGAUCAUUCAGCACUCAUGUCAAUCCUUGACCGGCGCCCGAUAGAAUCAGCCCUUCCUACACUGGCAAGACCUAUUAUGUCCUUGGAUGCCAAUGAAGAUGCCAUUGUGGGGUCCCUCAAGCAGAGUUUGAGGCACUUGGAGACUCUUGGUGCUCAACGUGCAGGGCUUGAAGACAUGCUCAAAGAGAUGAAGAGGAAGGAUGAUAUUUUGCCGAAAUUGAUGGCAUCAACUGGCUCGUAUGAGGAUCUUUUUAGGAAGGAAAUAACGAAGUAUGAUCACAUCUGCGAAGAAAUUGCCCAGAAUAUUGAGGCACAAGAGCAACUGUUGCUACAAAUUCAGGCUCAAAAUGAUGAGUUCGCUGCCAUCUUCAAUCUUGAAGAUUAUAAAGCAUCUCGUGAGAAGAGCUACAAGCAAAUUGAAGCUGCCAUAGCGAAGUAUCAGGAAAUUAAAGAAAACGUUAAUGAGGGAUUGAAAUUUUAUGUUACUCUUCAGGAUGCUAUCACAAACAUAAAACAGCAGUGCAGCGAUUUUGUAAUGACCCGAAGCAUUCAAUGCCGAGAUAUGAUCGAAGAUGUACAGAGACAGAUGGCAAAUUUUGGUUUCCAGGACAAGAAUGCAGCAGGUGCUUACAACUACCCGUCUGGCGGACCACCUCAUCAUCAAAUUCCAAGAUCCUCUUCUCAGCAACAAGUAAGUCCUGGGAACAUGGCCCAACCUCCACGUCCUCAGACAUCUUAUUAUAACCAGCAUACUGAGCAGCCAACAAUGCCCGGGGGUUACGCCCACCACCCUUCUCCUUAUGGCACCACGCCCCAGCAGCAACCUCCUCCUCCAUACCACGCAGCAGCUCCAGGUGGUGGCCCACCGUACCCAGCACCACCACAACCCCAACAGCAGCCACCAGUAAGCCACGAGUAUGGCCAACCGGCAUAUCCUGGCCAACCGGCAUAUCCUGGGUGGCGUGGUCCAUAUUACAAUGCACCAGCCCAGCAACCUGCAACUCAUCCUCGGCCUCCUUACACCAUUCCAUCUCCAUCUCCAUAUCCUCCUCCUCACCAGAGUGGCUAUUAUAAGCAAUAGUUUAUGCAGUCUGAUUGUUUGUUUAUUGGCGUUAUUGGUCUGUAUCUUUUCCCCAUUUUCAGUAGAGGAUGUGUUGGAUGAUCAAAAAAAAAAAAAGUGGAGGAUGUGUUGCGGUUAGGUUGACACUCGCAUGCACAUUGUUUACGGCAUCUUCAUCUGUACUGUGUAUAGCGUAUUAGUUUUCCUACAUCUAGCAGUUGUACGACCACUGGAAUUUUAUUUAUAUAUCUUAUUGGAUCAA